UGUAUGAAAUUUGUGUAUUCUCUUCCAGACUCCCCUUGCUAUAUUAACCCUCUCCUAUCUCAACUGUUGUAUUUGUACAGCCACUAAAUCACCCUCUGCAUCUAAAAUGGCCGCCGCCGUGUCGACCAUCGGAGCCGUCAACCGCGUCCCGUUGAACUUGAAUGGAUCCAACGGAGGAGGCGUGGUGCCAACGUCCUCGUUCAUGGGGACGAGCCUGAAGAAGGCGAGUGGCGUGAGAUCUAGCGGCAGCGGUAAGGGGAGCUUCAGAGUGGCGGCAGAGGUGAAGCAGACUGAUGGAGACAGGUGGAAGGGGCUGAUCGAGGACGUGUCCGACGACCAGCAGGACAUCACGAGGGGUAAGGGCAUGGUGGACCCCCUUUUCCAGGCCCCGAGCGGGAUGGGGACCCACGAUCCUGUCCUCAGCUCCUACGAGUACCUGAGCCAGGGCCUCCGCGAGUACAACCUAGACAACAAGCUGGAUGGUUUCUAUAUCGCCCCUGCAUUCAUGGACAAGCUCGUUGUCCAUUUGUCUAAGAACUUCAUGACACUCCCUAACAUUAAGAUUCCAUUGAUUUUGGGUAUAUGGGGAGGGAAGGGGCAGGGGAAAUCCUUCCAGUGCGAGCUGGUGUUCCGGAAGAUGGGGAUUAACCCGAUCAUGAUGAGCGCGGGAGAGCUGGAGAGCGGGAACGCAGGAGAGCCCGCGAAGCUGAUCAGGCAGAGGUACAGGGAGGCGGCGGACAUAAUAAAGAAGGGGAAGAUGUGUUGUCUCUUCAUCAAUGAUCUGGACGCGGGAGCAGGGCGGAUGGGCGGCACCACCCAGUACACCGUCAACAACCAGAUGGUGAACGCCACGCUCAUGAACAUCGCCGAUAACCCGACCAACGUGCAGCUCCCGGGGAUGUACAACAAGCAGGAGAACCCCCGUGUCCCCAUCAUCGUCACAGGAAACGACUUCUCCACCCUGUACGCGCCCCUCAUCCGUGACGGGCGUAUGGAGAAGUUCUACUGGGCGCCCACCCGCGAGGACCGUAUUGGGGUGUGCAAGGGUAUCUUCCGUACUGAUGGAGUCUCCGAUGAGGCCAUCACCAAGCUGGUGGACACCUUCCCCGGGCAGUCCAUCGAUUUCUUCGGGGCUCUGAGGGCGCGGGUGUACGAUGACCUAGUGCGGGAGUGGGUGACCGGGGUGGGGGUCGGGAACAUAGGGCAGAAGCUGGUGAACUCAAGGGACGGGCCGCCGGUGUUCGAGCAGCCGAAAAUGACGCUGGAGAAGCUGCUGCAGUACGGAAACAUGCUGGUGGCGGAGCAGGACAAUGUGAAGAGAGUGCAGUUGGCUGACAAAUAUUUGAAGGAUGCUGCUCUUGGAGAUGCCAACAAGGAUGCUAUCGAGAGGGGUGCUUUCUAGAGAAGAGAAUAUACCAUGGCAUCCAUCACUCUUUCUACAAAUUCCCUACCUUCAACUUUGCAUGUUCUGUUAAUUCUCCUUUUUGUGUAUCUAAUAAUAUAUACUCCUACUUUGCUUCUUGCCUCUUA